AUGCUUCUUGGGAUAGACCGGAUAUCGAUGAUAGGCUCAGAACCGAGAUCAGCUUUACUCUCGUUGGAAUGGCUGAUUGGUCUCUUGGCUGCCGCUGAAAAUGUGAACAAAUUCGUCUACGCCAUCGUGCACAGUCUCUCAACGAUGUGCAAAUUGAUACUCGUGAUAAGAUGCUCACCUCCAUUGAGGAACUCGUUGUACGCAUUGGUCGGCUAUCUGGAUGAAUAUGAUCCGUUGAGCAUGUCUCAAUACUGUCAACUGUUCAUCUCAAUCAGG